AUGGCUAGAAAUGAAUCGCAAUCGCAGCCUAGCAGCUCAAGUGCGAGUCAAUCCGUUCAGAAUGGUGUGCCGAAACAUUCAAAAAUAUCCGUGAAAGGUAAGUUAGAGAACUUCCACGUCAACUGUUUAUUUGUUUUACAAACAAUUUUAGUUAUCUCGGGAAAAAUUACUCCCAGUGGAGGGUUUCUGAGUAAACCGGCUGAUUCGUACGUGGAAGUUAGCGUUGAAGGUUCUCAAUCCACCAAGAAGACGUCUGUCAAGAAGAAGACUAAUAGUCCCGAAUGGGAUGAGACGCUGUCAUUGCCAGUGGCGGACUCUUCUGUUUUACUCUUUCGUGUAUAUAGUCGAGCAAAGCUUUUCGAUGACCCACUCAUUGCUCAAGCUCAAAUGAAAAUCGCUUCUAUACCGAAACUGGAUAGCGGAGAAUGUAAGUGCCGCCUCUUAUUCUUUUUUUAG